AGCUUGUCAACUACCUUAAGUUCCACCCUAUACUAAAUGCUGCUGCUUUCUCUUGCGGUGACACAGGGAUGCCCUUCUCUCACGUCUUGAAUACUCAUGGUGUGGAUGACGGCAGAAAGUUCAUCGGUGAGCUGAGUGUUGGCUCGUCUGAGGGCAGAAAGAAAAUCCUAAUUUUGGGUGAAUGUAAGGAAGUGUUGACAUGUCGCUGAAACGACCAGAGGGGAUGUCUCUCGCCCAGGCUUUGGCCAUGACUGUAGCAGAGAUACCAGUCUUUCUUUAUUCAACAUUUGGACAGUCUAUAUUUUCUCAGCUAAAGCUCUCCCCGAGCCUGAAGAAGGUGCUGUUUGCCACAGCUCUGGGAAGCGUGGCUCUGGCUCUGACUGCUCAUCAGCUGAAAAGAAGAGGCAGGAAAAGGAAACAGGCAGUCCAAGCAAAGGAGGGCCAGAAGACCGUGGGAAUACCCGAUGCUCUGCUGAAAACCGGAAGACCUUCAUCUUUAAAGAGAGGUCCGAUUACCAGCCGGCAGGUGAUGAGCCCCAGCUCUCGGAGCAAUGACACUAUGAGUGGAAUUUCCUCCCUGGCUCCCAGUAAACACUCCAGUUCGUCACACAGCUUGGCAUCUACAAGAGUUCCAAACUCUCCUAAUCAGUCUGCUAAUCCCUCCACCCCAUUGGAGGCAGAGCGUGUGGUGGAAGAAUCUGGAGCAGUGGAGGAUGCAAAUGCAGAGAACCUGUAUUUAAUGGGGAUGGAGCUGUUUGAUGAAGCUCUACGAAAAUGGGAACAAGCCCUAAGUAUUCGUCAUCACGGGGAUUCGACUUCUAGUAACAACAGCCUUGCUUUGCAGGGGGCAGCGUUUAGAGAUGAACCCACGAAUGAGUCCCGUAAUAAAGUGUUUGCUGAGAAGUUGGAGACUCUCUUGCACAGGGCGUACCACUUACAGGAGGAUUUCGGCAGCAGCAUCCCAGCUGACAGCGUGCUUGCAGACUUUGAGAGCGAAGGGACUCUAAUAUUGCCUCAGAUAGAGAGAUUCCACCCGCUGCAAGAUGAGGAUGCGACAACAGUUACGUCUGAUGACUCCUUUUUCUCGGCUGCAGAGCUGUUUGAAAGCAUGACUCUAGAGGAUAUCUACCAACCAAUGAAGCCAGCAGCUCUGUAUGAGGAAGCCUUGUCUCUGGUGCAGGAAGACAGGGUGAAAUAUAGGACUUUGAGGACUGAAUUACUUGAAUGCUACAGUGACGAGGAUUUCCUGGCCAAGCUUCACUGUGUGAGACAAGCAUUCCAGGUGUUAUUAUUGGAUGAAACUCACCGCACAUUUUUUAUGGAGACAGGGAAACAGAUGGUUGCUGGGCUAAUGGUUAAGGCCAGUAAGAGUCCCAAAGGCUUUCUAGAAAGCUAUGAAGACAUGCUGCUCUACACCCAGAGAGAGGAAACGUGGCCCAUUACGAAAAUGGAGCUGGAGGGUCGAGGGGUGGUGUGUAUGAACUUCUUUGACGUUGUUCUGGACUUCAUCCUGAUGGAUGCAUUCGAGGACCUUGAGAGCCCCCCCUCCUCGGUGUUAGCUGUUCUAAGGAACCGCUGGCUGUCUGACAGUUUUAAAGAGACCGCUCUGGCGACCGCUUGCUGGUCGGUGUUGAAAGCUAAAAGGCGUCUUCUCAUGGUACCUGAUGGAUUUAUCGCCCACUUUUAUGCCAUAUCAGAACACGUGAGCCCGGUUUUAGCUUUUGGGUUUUUGGGACCAAGGCAGCAUCUGAGUGAAGUUUGCACAAUUUUCAAGGUGAGGCAACAGCAUGCAAAAACUAAUAUAACAAAAGUGUAUCACAUUUAGAAAAGUAUGUUUCCG